UUUGUUUUGUUUUGGGGGGGGGGGGGGGCUCGUAGGACAGCCCUGUUUACAUGUUGGAAUGUUAUUUUAAUGCAAACAAGGAUUCGUCGAUGCGAAUGUGUUUUGGCAGGAAACAUGAGCGGUCAACAUCGCUCCGCUCCGGCCAAUGAUAACAGCAUUACUCCAAUUCAACAGAUGGCGGCAUCCUGCUCCGGAGCGUUGCUCACUUCUCUGUUUGUGACACCCUUAGAUGUUGUGAAGAUCAGACUUCAAGCACAGAAAAAUCCUUUCCCUAAAGGAAAAUGCUUUGUCUACUGCAACGGCCUUAUGGACCAUAUUUGUGUGUGUAUGAAUGGCAACAGGGCUUGGUAUAAAGCGCCUGGACACUUCAAUGGCACAGCGGACGCGUUCGUCAACAUUGUACGUAAUGAAGGAGUCAGGUCCUUAUGGAGCGGUCUCCCUCCAACCCUUGUGAUGGCCGUGCCAGCAACUGUCAUCUACUUCACCAGUUAUGACCAGCUACGUGCACUACUAAGGGUAAAAAUGGGCGAACACGAGCAGUUCGCCCCUAUGGUGUCGGGAGGUGUUGCUAGAGUGGGCGCGGCCUCGGUGAUCAGCCCAAUUGAGCUUCUGCGCACCAAGCUGCAGUCCGAGAAACUGUCGUACAGGCAGCUGAGAACCUGCGUGCGCACGGCUGUGGAGGUCGAUGGCUGGCUGUCGCUGUGGCGAGGUCUAGGACCCACGUUACUCCGGGAUGUGCCCUUCUCUGCAAUGUACUGGUACAACUACGAAAGAGGCAAGAUGUGGCUGUGCCAACGCUACGGCACCAGAGAGCCCACCUUUCCCAUGACCUUCGUGUCCGGCGCCACUUCUGGCACAAUUGCAUCCAUCAUAACGUUGCCAUUUGAUGUGGUCAAAACAAGAAGGCAGGUGGAACUUGGGGAGCUGCAAGCAAUGAAUUUAUCACACAAGGCAUCCUCCACUGUUAGUGUAAUGAAGAAGAUCGUGUCACAGCAAGGCAUCAAAGGCUUGUUUGCAGGUUUCCUCCCUCGGGUUGUCAAAGUGGCGCCGGCCUGCGCCAUCAUGAUCAGCUCCUAUGAGUUGGGAAAGAAGUUUUUUCGCAAGCACAACCAGGAUCGAGUACUUGGACCUCUGCACACCAGUAACACCUGAAAAAUUAUGAGUCGGCACCCUCCAACACUAGGCUUAAAAAAGCAGAUCUGAGAGAUGAUUAAAAGUACAUUAUUAUAGUUAUUAUAAAUUCAUAUUCCAUGAUGACAUGCGGCGGCCUCACAGUUCUGAGGACCCUGGUUCAAUCCCCGGCCCCCCCUGUGUGGAGUUUGCAUGUUCUCCCCGUGCCUGCGUGGGUUUUCUCCAGGCACUCCGGUUUCCUCCCACAUUCCAAAAACAUGCAUUAAUUGGAGACUCUAAAUUGCCCGUAGGCAUGACUGUGAGUGCGAAUGGUUGUUUGUUUGUAUGUGCCCUGCGAUUGGCUGGCAACCAGUUCAGGGUGUACCCCGCCUCCUGCCCGAUGACAGCUGGGAUAGGCUCCAGCACGCCCGCGACCCUAGUGAGGAGAAGCGGCUCAGAAAAUGGAUGGAUGGAUGAUGACAUGCUCCUGUUUGUACAAUUUGAAAUACAAUGAGGGGACGAAUUCCUGCCAUGAACGGCUAAAAUCUGUGAAUAAUUGACACCCCUCCAUAAAACAGGGUUGUAAUUACGUAUAGAUGCCACAAAAUGGCACCAAAGCAUUUAAAACAGAGGAUCAUUAAGCAUCAACAUGCUUCUAGCGUAUCUACAAUCAUAAACCAAUGAUCCAUAAAUGACUGCAUUCAGUAGUUGAAUGACACAAAAACACCACGAGGCUCAUCAAUAGUAUUAGCUAUUAUACUAGCCUAAAUAACAUGCUAGCACAAACAACUUCAACACAGAUGUGUUUAUGUUCACUUGGCGUAGGAAGAAGUUUAAAAAAAAAACGUUUUUAGGUCCUACCCCUAAUUCUCAGUCCAGAUUUGACUUAAUAAUAAUCAAAUAGGAAGCUAUUCAUAUACAUUAUACUCUAGGUGUAUAUAUAAAAAAACUUUACAUUACAUAUUCGUAAACAAAUAUGCACAAACUUUACACAAACGUUAGUAAAUCAUUAAACUCACCGGGUGGCAUUUACGUACAGUAAUAAAUGUUAGGGAAUAUAGGCAAAUUGUAACACUACAGUAGAUUACACGGGCUAUUAGUAGCUGUGCGAGAGAAGCAGAACAUGAUUUCAGUUUCACUUUUUACUGUCCCCGUGGGUACAUUCAAGGACCACUAACAAACUACCACAUCUCAACAGCAGAUGAAAAAACUUCCAAUGUAAUAAUCCUAACAGCAAAACCACUCCACAAGAUGGGUCCAAAGUAACACUUUAUUGUUGUAGCCUGAGCACCAAAACAAUACAGCAAAUAGAUUAAUUUUUGUGCAAAGAGCAGGAUAGGUUCCAAAAGAAUUAUGUGAAUGUUGAAGUGCCAAUAUGCUGUGGUUCACUAUAUGUUAAAAUCCAUUUAUGUGUACUUAUAUUUUCUUAAAACAUUUGCAUCUGCACUGUGCCUGAUGUUUUGGCUAAUGCCAUAAAAGUGUGUUUGUGUGUCUGUGUGCAGGCGCGCAAAUGUAUGUUUUCACAAACUUAAAGCGAAGAGUACAGUUGAGUUCAGUUGUAUCACAGUCACCGCAAGGCAAAGUAAAUUACUGCAUUGGAAUCGAAAUAAUUAAAGGGAAAACAUCUGAUUAAACUGAGGCUAGAGAGCAUCAAUCAUAGUGGUCAUGACCUGAGAACAAAAUACAGCAUUGUGUACGACACUGAAAACAAAGGCACAAAAAUACUUGAGAACUAAAGAUGUUAAAACUAAGAUAUCCUAAUUAAUGAGAGAAGGGCCCAUGAUGAUUCUCCAGAAACAAUUAGUGACAUUGAGGAGACCAUCUCUUCCAGUGUUGGCACCUGAUGCAUGUCUUUCAAUACAAAGCAUUCCAGUUAAAGUUACUGUACAUCAUGUCAGAGAAUGCUUCGCUGAGUGCGCUCAUUCCAACAGCAUGCCGAAACUUCUCAGUGUAAGUGCACUAAGAAUGUACAUUACUACGAAGAACAACAUAAUAGUACUCUGAGAAUAUGGCUGGUUGAGUUGUGCUGUGGGGCCUUAUGUGGGGGUGAAGCCCGGGCUGCUGACCUCAGCGGCAGGACUGGCUAGACACUCGUUGGACCUCAGACUGGCCAGAGACCUGAAACUGUUGACCGAGGUGAGAGACCCGCACAGUCCUCGGAGAGACGGCGUCUGCUCUUUUCCUGCAUGGCAAAAAAGAUAAGGUCAAAACCUGUGGCGGUCCGUGCAUUGUAUUACCUGGGCCUUCAGUGGUGACUUAAUCCACCUCUUAUCGCCACCACUAUAACAUUGCAUUUAGAGAAACCAUCAAUGCUAAACAAAAAUGCAAUGUAACAGCACGCAACUGUGCCACGUAAAUCAUCUGGAGCUGUUCAGAAUUCAUAUUUAUCUAAUAGCAUGACAAAAGAAAAAUGAUUUCAAUAAAAUGCAUCAUAUUGA